AUGAGCACAGGCGCUCGACGAGUGUUCACAGCGGAAGAGGUGGCUGCGCAUGUGUCACCAGACGAUUUGUGGAUGGUCAUAAAUGGCAAAGUGUAUGAUGUGACAAGCCUGAUCGAGCAACAUCCAGGUGGUUCCGAGGUGCUUUUUGACUGCGCGGGUGUGGACGCCACGAUACCAUUUUAUGAUGUUUCGCAUUCUGAGAACGCUUUCGAGAUGCUUUCUCCCUGUUUUAAGGGCUAUCUGAAGCGCGAUGAUAGUAUAGAGCUCGGGUUAACAACGAAAAGGAAAUCAAAUAAAUAUUACAGGAGCUUCCAGGAAAUACGAGAAGUCCGACAACAAUCCCAACAAGACACCCAAGCACAAGGGAAUAAUUCAUUCAUAUUUAUACUAUCAUUGAUGGCUUUCUCAGGGUUGGGGAUGUUCAUCUAUCUGCAACGGAAAAAAUGGUCUGAAUGGAUAUGA